GGUUUGAUGUCAAUUUGGCUUCUACCUGUGUUUAUUGUACCAUGUGUGGAACAAACCUAAUAAUUAACAACAAAUACUCAUCCGAUGACAUCGUGCUAACAAACGAACACUGCGUAUUCACAAUACAAAGUGGUGAUUGACGCGUUUAUUUGAACGUUUGCAGGACACGAGAGAACCUCACUCACACAUAAGCAAUGCUUGACGUAUUUAUUUGAUUGUCUCCGUGGCGCUUUACAUACAUAUGUCGUAAUAUCAAAUUAUUCUCUGUGUAUGUUCUUUGAUGGCUGCGCAUGCCUGUGUGAACUCGUCUUGUUGGGGUGUUGUUUCACUCUUGUCGUUUCCGAUCGUAUGUGCUCUGGUUCUAUAUCAUUACCUCCAAAUUAUAUUGUAUUGCCGUUCUCAUGUUAGUGUGAGAGUACACUACAUAUACUCGCUAACAAGAUUUGAUAAGCGAGACGUAAGUGAGCUGUGGCUGAACUUAGUCCUGAGUGUUGCUGAGUGUGAGAGAAAGGGGAAUGUUCACCUAUGAAAUAUGUCAUAUGUCUGUAUGCGAUUUCGACGACGAAAAGGAUGCUCGACUAAACAAAAGGGUAUCGGAGAUUGAUCGUGGAAGAUACAGCCCCGUAGCGAACGUCAUGCAUUAGUCACUUAAGAGUCUUGUACGGAAAAGUUACAUCUUAAAUGACUUUGGGUUCCGUUUGUAUGGAAGUCGUUCAUGACUUUCAUAUAUAUGGUAAUCUCGUCGUUGAUGUCAUCUGCAUGACCAAGUCAUGCCGUGAUCAUUAAUGACAUUCAAGCGACAGUAUCUUCCAAUGUACUUUUUAUAAGUGACGGCUGCAAGACAUUGUCUGUUAUAAGUCUUUGAUAGGAGUACACCUGCAUGACAUUGUCACCGGUGUCAUUGUCAGCUAUAUGUCGUUUAGGAUUCACAGCAAGUGCGACGAUAUCACAAAAUCCUCAUUAGUGACGAUUUCACCGGUGACCAUUUUCGCUACUGGGAGCAUACACUUGGGAAUUCGUUGUCUGCGCCAAGUUCAGUUUUAAAGUACAAAAUACAAGAUCGACGACAGGGAAAAUUGUGGAAACUCGUCAUCAGAAGCGGGACCUGUACCUACACCUACAUUUUCUGAAGAGCAGUGGCGCGUAAUCCUCGAGAUGCAAAAUCGAAAUUUGAUUGAGCUCGCAUAAACUAUGCAGGCAUCGACACGUGCACAGCGACAGAACACUACUGUUAUGUUGCCAAACUUUAACCCUGAUGUCAUGGGUGUCGACGCGUCGCAAUGGUGUAUGACCGCUGAUAUAAUUUUAUCGGAGCAGCCGCUUGAAGGAAGUAGCCUUAUUAUAGCAUUGAGCAAUUGCAUGGAGGGCAGUGCUUCGCAGUGGUUAAUACAGAUUUCCUAUCCUUUGCUUUGUCUAAUGUACUUGCAGAUAUGGCAUAUUUUGACAGUCGCUUGCAACGAAUUAUUUUUACCACGAAUGCGAAAACUAGAAGCAAGCUACAGUUGGAGUUGAAGGCGUUUACAUUCGAUAAGAAACGCAGCACUGGGCUUGCUGAGUAUGCUGGACCUAACAAUAAAAAAGCGAAGAUGGCUGCGUUGGUGUAUCAUUUUUGCAAAAAGCCCGGACAUAAAAUAGCGGACUGCAGAUCCAAGAUGCGACAAGGUGGGGUGAUGAAGCAACAGAGACAAAAGCUGAGUGUGUCCUGUUUGCGGUGUGGCCAGCUUGGACAUUUCGCUAACCAACGGUGACUGCAGCUAAACAUGCAGUUGCGCAACAAAAGAGUGUAAAUAGUGCUUUGCGGCAGAGCCCAAAGGAAGUAUGACGCAACGAGGUGAGGUCUAUCCAAUUUGUUUUGAUUCUGGAGCGGAGUGCUCAUUAAUCAGAGAGAGU